AUGUCAGGUGUCAACUGUCAAAAACAUAACCAAAAAUAUAACGAGAAUCAGUUUUUAAAAAUAUCAAAUAUUCUACAUCUUACAAGAAAAGAAGGAAAAAAAAUGGUUAUUGCCCUUGGUUUGGAAGGAAGCGCCAAUAAAUUGGGCAUUGGAAUAAUGAAGGAUGGCAAAGUAUUAUCAAACUGUAGGAAAACAUACAUAACACCUCCUGGAGAAGGAUUUCUACCAAAAGAAACCGCUGAACACCACAGACAAAAUGUAACAAAAGUACUUAAAGAUGCCAUUGAUCAAUCGGGUGUUAAACCUUCAGAAAUUGACGUUAUUUGUUAUACCAAAGGGCCUGGAAUGGGGGCUCCUUUAGCAAGUGUGGCAGUAGUGGCACGAACUAUUGCACAACUUUGGAAUAAACCAUUGUUGGGAGUAAACCACUGCAUUGGGCAUAUUGAAAUGGGAAGAUUAAUAACAGGUGCUGCAAAUCCUACAGUUUUGUAUGUAAGUGGUGGCAACACUCAAAUAAUAGCAUAUUCGAGGGAGAGGUAUCGAAUUUUUGGUGAAACUAUUGAUAUUGCUGUUGGUAACUGUUUAGAUCGUUUUGCACGCGUUUUAAAGUUAUCAAAUGACCCAAGUCCAGGUUACAACAUUGAACAAAUGGCUAAAAAGGGGAAGAAAUACAUACAGUUGCCAUAUUGUGUAAAAGGAAUGGAUGUGAGCUUUUCAGGCAUAUUAACAUUUAUGGAAGAAAGAGCAGAAAAAUUUUUAAAAGAUGGAUAUACCCCAGAAGAUCUGUGUUUUUCUUUGCAAGAAACUAUUUUUGCUAUGUUGGUAGAAACAACAGAGAGAGCAUUGGCACAUUGCAACUCACAAGAAGUUCUGAUAGUGGGUGGUGUUGGUUGCAAUGAAAGGUUGCAAGAAAUGAUGAAGCAAAUGUGUGAUGAAAGAUGUGCCAAAUUGUUUGCUACAGAUGAAAGGUUUUGUAUUGAUAAUGGUGUAAUGAUUGCACAAGCAGGGGCUGAAAUGUUCAGUUCUGGUACAAAAAUGAAAUGGGAAGACUGCUUUAUUACACAAAGAUAUAGAACAGAUGAGGUUAAAGUUACAUGGAGAAAUGACUAGUGGAUAGUAAUAAUAAACUGUAAAUUAUAUUUUUAAAUAAAUAAGGCCACGUUUUU